AUGGCUGCCAGUAUCACAGACCAUUCAGUGCUUGAUAAGAUCAGUAAGGAUCAUCUAGAAUGUCCAAUAUGCACCAAUCGCUUCAUCAAUCCAACAAUGCUAGACUGUCUACACAGCUUCUGCUUCACAUGCCUCAAGGAGCUUCACCAACAAGAUCCUAACAACUCCAUCCUACUGUGUCCUCUGUGCAGAAAGAAAACAACACUAGAAGACAACAAGGUUGAAAGUCUACCUAAGGACUUUAAACUCAAUGCCCUGGUGGAUGAGUUUACUGUUCAGGAGCAACUCAUGGAGGGUCAUGGGUCAGAGGUCAAAUGUCAAGCCUGUGAAAGGGAUCAUAUGGCUGUUUCCAGAUGUAUUGACUGUGACAAUUUUAUUUGUCAAGAAUGUCAACAGGCACAUCAGCAUUUUGCUAUUUUGAAAUCACAUCAAAUCUAUGCACUUGCUCAACUGCAAUCAGGUGUAGUAACCUAUCGCAGUAAGAUCAGGGAGUACAUUCCAAAGUGUGGCAAGCACAGUGAUCAGACUCUGAACAUCUACUGCAACACAUGCCAGAAGUUAGAAUGCACAACAUGUACUGUUCUUGAUCAUGGAAAUCCAAAGCAUGACCUUAUUGGCAUACCUGAGGCUUUAGACAAAUGCAAACAGGAAGUCGCAGAGCUGGUUGCAAAAGCUGAGAAGUGCAAGGUGGAUAUUCAAACUGCCAUGGAACAAGCCAGUGAGUCUCGCAAGAAACUGGAAUCUUCAUAUGCUGAAACCAAUAUGAAAAUCUCCCAGAAGGCUGCCAAGGAGAGAGCAAAGAUCACUGAAGAGGAAAAUCAGCUGAAGCAAGAGGCAGAGAGUGUUUACAAAGACAGAGUCCAGACAUUUGAAACUGUAGAGGCAACCAACACAAAAGAAGUGACCCAGGUAGAGCACAAGCUGGGUGAAGUGAAUCAGUUCAUGACCCAAGCAAGCUCUCAUGAGAUUCUGGAUUUCAAGCUGAAACUUAUAAACAAUCUUGAGGAACUGACUAAGAAUCAAGGUGAGAUUGUGUCUGACAGGUUUUCCUUUCUUGAGUUUGAAGAAGGUGAAAGGUCAGUGGGAAGACUGGUGCUGGAAGAUAAGCAACAAGCUAAAGCAGAGGCUCAGGCCAAGGAACAUGAAACAAUCCAUACAAAACAGGAGUGGAAACUGAAGGAAAGUGUUUUUAAGUGGGCGAAUUCGGUUGCAGCUUUCUCCGACAAUGAAUUAGUAGUACAAGAUACAACACACAAUUCAUUGUUUGCAUUAAAACCUCAAUUAGCAGCAGACAAAUCACAAUCUGCUCACUGCCCACAAAGAUUAAAAGUCACAGGACUUACUAAACCAACAGCACUCACUGUGGACAAUAAUGAUCACCUGUAUGUGAUUGAAGAUCUAGAAGUCAAGGUUUUUAACAGGAAAUAUAUGCUCCAUCAUCAGUUCCAGCUAAGUGAGAGAAUGCUCUCCCCAUCAUGCCUUGCAGUGGAUGAAAACAAUCUCAUAGCAGUGGGUUAUUUACCAGGGCUAAUCUCACUCUACAACCCUGAUGGAUCACUCAUCAGAACAUUCUCUACUCCAGUACAGGUAGACUAUUUGACUUUAUACAAGGAGAGGAUUAUCUACAGCAGUAGAUAUGAUACACAUUUACACUCAGUUGAAUAUAAGGGUGUAAAGGUGUUCUCAGUAGAUACUGAUCAGUCUGAAAAAUCCUAUGGUUUGUGCUGUGAUAAAGAUGGAAGUAUCUUUGUUGCUCAAUAUAAUGGGACAACAGAAAACAAUAGAAUAUGUCAGUACAGUCCUGAUGGCAAGUACAUUGGAUGUGUCAUUGAGGAUUGUGGUAAUGCCUAUGACAUCACAUUCACACCAUCUGGCAACCUUGUAGUAGCAGCAUACACAUCAGUAAAAAUCUACCAAGUUGUUUCCCCAGUAUAG